UCGCAUCCCUAGCCGGCCCUAACGAAUCAAUCCGCUUCCUUCUUCCCCUUCCCCUUCCUGUGGUGGCCGCCGCACGCCUCCUCCGCCGAACCCGCGCACGCCGCUCACCCCAAAGGGAAUCCUCUCUCGGAGUCGUCCUCACCGUCGCUCUCCUCCCCACGAACGGACCGGCGUGGAGCGGAGAUCCAUCCGGACCUCGAUUGGUAUCUUCUUUUGCUGGUUACAUAAAGUUUCAGAUAGGAAGAGACACCUUCUCGCUGUUUCUUGUUCAGAUUUGAGAUUUACUUGAAAGAUGGAGAUACAGACUUCAGGGAAGCCCAUUGAUCUGCUGAUGGAGAAGGUUCUUUGCAUGAACAUUCUGUCUUCUGAUUACUUUAAGGAGCUCUACAGGCUGAAGACCUAUCAUGAGGUCAUUGAUGAGAUUUACAAUCAUGUCGAUCACGUGGAGCCUUGGAUGACUGGCAAUUGCAGGGGCCCCUCGACUGCAUUCUGUCUCCUCUACAAGUUCUUCACCAUGAAGCUUACUGUCAAACAGAUGCACGGUUUGUUGAAGCAUCCUGACUCCCCAUACAUUAGAGCUAUUGGUUUCUUGUAUCUUCGCUAUGUUGCGGACCCAAAGAUUCUGUGGACAUGGUACGAGCCCUAUCUAAAGGACGAUGAGGAAUUCUCCCCUGGAUCUAAUGGCCGCAAUACAACCAUGGGUGUUUAUGUGCGUGAUCUUAUACUUGGACAGUACUACUUUGAUAGUCUUCUUCCAAGAAUUCCUCUUCCAGUAACUCGUCAGGUUACAGCCAAUCUUGAGAAGAUGAAAUUGCCCACAAAGCUUUCUGGGGUGACUGGGGACUCCAGUCGACAGGGAUCAGAAGAUACUGCACGUCGCCCUCCUUCUGUGAAAGCUUCUCUGUCAGUUUCCUUUGGACAGCGUGCUCCACAUCGGGCUUCCACUAGGGAUUCAUCCCCAGUUCGGCGAACAGUCACCCAUGAUGAUAAUCGAAGAUCAUUCUCACCAUCUCGUCGUAGUGGAAGCCAUGAGGGUCCUGACCGUGAUCAUUCUGACCGAGAACUUGACCGUUCUAACCGUGACCGUGACCGUGACCGCUCGAGCCGUGACCGGGACAGGGACCGUUCGAGCCGUGACUGGGACCGAGACAGGGACAAGGAUAUCAGAGAUUAUCAUCGUCGUGAGCGUGAUAGCAGGGAUCGUGAUUACAGGUCCAGGCAUUCAGAAGAAAGGCAAGAUGACAGAAGGGAUCGUGAUAGCAGGGAUCGUGAUUACAGGUCCAGGCAUUCAGAAGAAAGGCAAGAUGACAGAAGAGAUCGUGAUAGCAACAGACAUAGACGCUCUAGCUCCCGUCAUAGGAGUAGAAGCCGGAGUCGAAGCAGGAGCAGGAACGAGCAGCGAUCCAGUCCAUUUGGGGAUGCAAAUAAAGAGAAGACAGCCGUCGUCUCAAGCAACCUAGCAAAGCUGAAGGACUUGUAUGGUGACGUAACUGAGAAGAAGCAAGAUGGUGAUGCCGAAAAGCUUCGUCGUGACUCAUGCGCAGAGGAGGUCAUCAGGCUGGGAGGCCCGAAAUGGAGGUAAAUUCCAACCUGUAAAACUGUGGUUUCCAUUUGUCAGUGCGCUGGCUUGAUCUGCCAGCCUCUCUGUAAACCUUCGUAUUCUCAUACAUGUUAGCUCCGUAUUCUCAUAUGUUAGCGCAUGUAUUAGUCAUUUGGUUAUGGAUGCUGUUUCGUAUGUUGUUUGGUUGUUACCAUGCAUUUGGAGACAUUGAAAUCCACUUUGUAUGAAACAUGGUAUCCAUGCUUUUUCGUA